AUGCUAGAUGCCAUAGCAAAAGCAACACUGAAUGACGAUGUGUAUAACGAAGACGAAACAACUUCAAAAUUCGAGAAAGAAAUUGCACACCGUUGCGGCCACGAGGCGGCCGCCUUCGUCAUAACAGGCACAAUGGCAAACCAGCUCGCCAUCAGAUCAGUACUCGCUCAACCACCUUAUUCAAUUUUGACAGAUGCCCACUCGCACCUCAUCCAUUGGGAAUCAGGCGGCGUAGCUCAUUUAAGCGGUGCAAUGAUCCAGGCCAUAAUACCACAAAACGGCAAACAUCUCACCGUUCACGAUGCCAUCAAACACGCCAUUAUUACAGACGACGUACACAAAGCCCCCACUCGACUAAUAAGUAUUGAAAACACAACAUCCGGUUCAAUAAUACCACUACAAGAAUUACGCCUCCUCAAAGAGUGGGCAAGUGACAAUGGGAUCGCCGUACAUAUUGACGGCGCCAGGCUCUGGGAAGCAGUAGCAGCUACGGGUCACCAGCUCAUAGACUUUGCGCAAUGCUGCGAUGUGCUCACAUUAGAUUUCAGCAAAAAUCUGGGAGCUCCAAUGGGGGCCAUGGUUCUUGGAGACGCCGGACUAAUUCGACGAUUAAAACGAAUUCGAAAGAGCAUCGGCGGAGGCAUGCGGCAGGCCGGUGUUCUAGCCGCAGCAGCUCGGGAGGCAGUUUUGGAGAAUUUCGGGCCCGGACAGACAGACGUAAGAGGUGUGCUCAAGGCGAGCCAUGUUCUCGCGAGGCGGGUAGGUAGCAUGUGGACAGAGAGGGGAGGUAAUAUAUCAAGGGAAAUAGAGACCAAUAUGGUAUGGCUGGAUCUGGGAGCUUCUGGUGUCGACACAAAGCGUUGGAACGAAAUUGGAAGACGGCAUGGUAUUAAGUUGGACGGUAAAAGGGUCGUAUUGCAUCAUCAGAUUUGCGAUGAUGCUGUGCUUCGUUUGGGUAAAGUAAUGGACGAGUGUCUACAAAGAGCAAGGAACACGGGAAAUCCCAAUGGCAGUCAUAGACGAGCACAUAUGCAAGCCAGGCUCUAG